AAUCUAUCUAGGGUUAGGGUUUUUUCAAUUCUCCUCACCAUUUUCAUGUACUUACAAAACACAUGCAGAUGUAUAUAUAGUUUGUUGUUUUUCUUCUGUUUUUACAGUGAAUUUUUUUUUCUGGAGAAAUGGAAGCGGCGGAUAAUUCGAGGAAUAUGCUAGGUGGGCAGUAUGGAGUAGUAGCGUUUCAGCAGGAGUAUAUGAAUGUACCAAUUCGAGUAGAUAGAUAUGGAGGUGGAGGAUUUGAGGCUGAUGAUAUCAGUGUUGGCGGUGGCUAUGAGGAGGCGAUGAGUAGCGGUGAAGAGUUGCAGGUUUGCUCUAUGCCGCUUGUUGCUGGCCCUGUAGAUAGCGGCAGAGUUAUGGCUGUUCCCUCGCGGACUAGUGAGCUUACUAUUUCUUUCGAAGGCCAAGUCUAUGUAUUCCCAGCUGUUACUCCUGAAAAGGUGCAAGCGGUGAUGCUAUUAUUAGGAGGGUGUGAGGUGCCUAGUUAUGUACCUAACACAGAUUCUGUUGCACUGCAAAAUACUAAGAGUGUUGAUAACACCAGGCAAAACAUUUCUCCGAGAAUGGCAUCUCUGAUUAGAUUCCGGGAGAAGAAAAAAGAUAGAUGCUUUGAGAAAACAAUUCGUUAUGCUUGUCGGAAAGAAGUUGCACAGAGGAUGCAUCGUAAAAAUGGACAAUUUGCCUCUUUAAAGGAGGGUGAAAAGUCGUCUGCUGACAAUAUUGAUUCAGGGGACAGUGCUGCUCAUUCUGAACCUACACUACGAAGAUGUCACCACUGUGGUACUAAUGAAAGUGAGACCCCUGCGAUGCGGCGGGGCCCAUUGGGCCCUAGAACGCUCUGCAAUGCUUGUGGGCUUAUGUGGGCAAACAAGGGUAUGUUAAGAGAUAUUACAAAGGGAGGGAGUCAUGUACCCUUUGACAAAAACGAGCCAGGAACUCCUGAUAUCAAGCUGUCUACCUUUGCACCUGAGAAUUCUUAUCUAAAGCAACAUCAAGAGGGAAGUUCGGGAGAGACAAAACUAACGGAGGAAAAUCCUUCAGUUACCACUGCUGAGCUGGAUAUGCAAGAAGCUACAGAAAACUUUGCUGAUAGUUCUCCUUUCUGUAUUGGAAGUUCUUCAGUUAACAUUGAUGAAGAGCAGGAUAAUCUCGACGCACUUGCAAAUGCUUCUGGAACUGAAUUUGAGAUUCCUGCAAACUUCGAUGAACAGAUUGGGAUUGAUUCACAUAUGAGUGUUCACUGGCCUGCGACAUGACAUACACUAUUCCAAGUUGAUGUCUAGAGCUUGAAGAUUCCAGUCGAUACUAGGUGUUAUUUUAAAAUUUGUAAAGCA